AUGGGGGAGACGCACGCAGCACUGAACCCCAUGAUGACGGGAACUAGUCGUACCCGAGACACCCGCAGCGUGGUCCUUUUCCAGUUGAUUCGCGCCAAACUUGUCGAAUAUAACGAAUCGCUUGUGCGACAGCUGGUGGACGAGCGAGAGGCGGUGCGAGCAGCAGCAGCCAGCGUAGCGCAAAUGUCUGAGCAUAGAAAGGAGGACGGCGGGAGGAGCAGGAUCGAGCCAAAGAAGAAGGAGUCAGUGCUCGCUGAUGGUGGAGCUGGAGCGUCGGUGCAAAAGCAGGCCGACAAUGGUCAGAGCAUCGUUCGAGCGGGUUGCACUCCUCUUGCAAGCCGUGCGAUUGCGGAAAAGUCGGAGCAAGUGAUGGGUGAACAGCCAUGUGAAGAGAUUGUAUUGAAAAAGCGGCGGCUGGCAGAAGCACAGGUGCACGUAGAAGCUCGAGUCGAGAUGGACCGAUCGCCUGUCAAAAAAGACAAAGACAAGUCACGAAGAGCACCAGCAGCAUAA